GUGAGUUCCAACACCCGGAUGCGGUAGAGGAUCCUUCUUAAGGUAAGGGACCCUCACGGGGCUUCCUGAAAGAAAUAUUCCUCGGUGUCAUUCCUCCUCCACCCUGAUUCGUAUGUCUGUUGUGAAAAUGCUUUUUGUUUUCGUGACCGCGGCCAUCUGGCGAUUGGUGAACAGCCAAGGAAACAAUGGCACAGACGGCGGGAACGAGCCACUCCCGCCCAAUAAUCUAGCUUUGACGCCACCAAUGGGAUGGAGCAGCUGGAAUUAUUUUGGUCCCAAUAUUAACGAGUCCAUUGUGAUUUCCACUAUCGACUUCGUCAAUUCGAGUGGGCUUCAAGCUGCAGGAUACCACUAUAUAAAUAUUGACGACGGCUGGCAGCGGUACAAGGGCAAUCGGUCAGACCAUCCCGGCCCCCUUGAAGCUGACCCGGAGAAGUUUCCCAACGGCAUCAAAUACGUUGCCGAUUAUGCACACUCCAAAGGCCUCAAGCUCGGCAUCUACAGCGGUCCGGGUGAGACAACCUGUGCCAAGUUCACAGGAACUACCGAGGGAAACGAAGACCAAGACGCCGCAACUUUCGCUUCUUGGGGGGUAGAUCAUCUCAAAUACGAUAGCUGCUGCUGGAGGGGGAAAGAAGCCACAGAGGACGUGGUCCGAGGUGACGUCCGCAGAAUGGCUCUUGGAUUGCGUGCCACGGACCGCGAUGUCGUCUACCAUGCGUGCCACUGUGGAUGGGCAGAUAUUUGGACCUGGGCACGUGAUGAGGGGGCGAAUCACUGGCGCAUGGGACAGGACAUCAGCGACGACUACAACUACCCGGGAUUCCGCGAGGACUAUUACUUUGACGUCCUCGACAUGCUGACUCGGGGCGAGAAUGUGAGUCUCACCGAGUACGCGGGCCCGGGCGGGUGGAACGACUAUGACAUGCUGAUUGUCGGGCUCAAUGGCGUUGCCCCGCGCCUUGUUGGCGCCGGCGCGAGCAACAUCGAGUAUCGCGCGCACUUCAGCUUGUGGUGUAUGGUGGCUAGUCCGCUGCUCAUUGGCACUGACGUGCGAACGCUUUCGAGCUUCGACCUUGAGACCAUUACCAACGAAGAAAUCAUCGCCAUCAACCAAGACCCAUUGGGGGUUGCAGCGAGCGUGGUCUAUGAAGAGCAGGAUGGUCAACUACAAUAUUGGGCAAGGAAGCUAGAAGAUGGCAGUGUGGCCAUUGCAUUCCUGAAUCGUGGGUCAGAGUUGGCACUAAUGAGUCUCUACAUUCAACGGUACCUGUUUUUGGAAUGGAGGUCUUACACAGUUAAAGACCUCUGGACCCACGAGCAGCAAGGGCCAUUGACGGCUCCGGCAUUUUCAGCCGAGGUGCUUCCACAUGAGGCCAAGAUCUAUAGACUCUCGCCUGUCACAACCUACAGCUAGCUAUGUCGGUUGGAUGAAUAUAUCCGAUGAUAAGCAGUC